CAUAGCCAUUUAAUUUUAGGCAGAACCCGAAGCUAGUAAACUACUCUGCUGUGAUGUAUGCUGUAAGGCUAUAGGAAGAAGUGAAGAACCCAAUGCCCCAAAUAAGCGACGAAUAAAGUAUAAACCACUGCGCCUGUAACGCUUUCCUUCCUUCAAACUUCAAUUUCUUGGUAAUGGCUACUACCUCUUCCUUCCUUCCUUCAGUUGAUGCUAUGGCUACCUAAGACACUUUGGAAAUAUAAGCUCCAAAUGAUUAUCAAAGGAUUGUUUAGAAGAUAUAAGAGAUGGAACCCUGUUCAUCCAACUUAUGGUGCCUUUUGGGGAAUGGGAGUGGGUGUUGGUUGUGGAGUCGGAUGGGGUCCGGGGUUCGGCCCUGAAGUGAUAGGCUAUGUUGGAUCUGGUUGUGGCAUUGGAUUCAAUGUGGGCUUCACUCUCGCUGGCUUUGGUAUUGGCCUUCCUGCAAACUUUAUCUUUGAAGCUCCUUAUAAUGUUAUCAUGGCAACAAGAAAUUCAGCGUUAGAGGUAGCACGAUCUAAGGGUUUUAAUGCACCAUGCAAUGGCUGGACUAUAAACUUAUCUUGUGUCUUUGACCUCCAAAGGGAAGCUAGUGACAAAUUACGUCACUUUAGGGAAAGGCGUUUAUCAGUCAAGGGAUUUGAUUUCUUGAGCAUGAAAAAUGACUUAUCAUUGCUUGCUACAUCUGCCUGUAACAGUAUGCGCACAUUCCAUGACCAGCUUUCUUCUCGUAGGGGCAAAGAUUGAUUGGUUCGAGUUCCACAACUCUCAGCAUGGUGGUUACAACUUUGAUGGAUCAUUUCUAUUUUUUGUUUUUAACUUAAUAGCAGGAAAACCAAAUGUCUUAUUUUGAGGUAUAUUAUUGUUAUGUUUACUGUCUUGUUUGACAAACUCAAGUUGUAUAUUUAAUAUUGUUGUCAAAUAUAUUUUUUAGAGAAAAGGACAAAUCGAUCCUUGAUUUUUUGGUUCGCGGAUAUUUAAGUCCUUGAGGAUUUAAAAAUACAUUUAAGUCCCUGACUUCUUCAAAAUCUGGACAUAUCGAUUCCUGAAUCUAAUUUGUUCAAUUUUAAAAAACUCUCUCACGUGUGCAUCCGUAUCAACCAGGUCAGUAUAACGGAAGUCAUGUUUGAUUUUCCGUUGAGUUUGACAGACCCAAAUGAACAUGAGCGAUCAAUAUGUCAGGUUUUGAAAAGGUCAUGGACUUAAAUGCAUUUUCAAAUUUUCGAAGACUUAAAUGUAUGCGGAUCAAAAAGUCAAUGACUUAUCUAUCCUUUUCUCUAUUUCUUAUAGAAAGCUAUGAUCCUAAAUUUUCAACCAACAUACCGAGAAGGGUAAAGGGACUAGCAUUCGUUUCCAACUUUCCAUCAAGACUAAAUGAUAUAAGGUUAAAUUUAUCAA